UAAAUUAAUUGGUUUAUGUGAAAGUUAUAGCGUCUACAAAUGGCGGUAUAUAUACUGGGAUUUUUUUUUUUUUUAUAGUAAUGGCGGCAAUCAGCGACUUAUAGCGGGACUGCAGCGGGCAUUCUGACACUGAGGGGAACUGACUAACUGCCAAUGACAUCCCCAGUGACACCAAUACACUGAUCAGUGCUAAUAAAAAGCACCCACACUGUACUAAUGGCACUGGAAGGGGUUAACAUCUGGGGCAAUCAAAGGGUUAACUGUGUGCUGUGUGUAUGCUUUACUGUAAGCACACUGUUUUGUAUGGCUCUGCUAUGCAGAGCCAUGCAAAGCAGUGUGCCGAAGCUGACUAACAGUUCCCCCCCCCUCGGAGAUGCUCGG